AUGGAUCAAAUUUAGGCCCAAAUAUUUGCCGCAAAUCAGAAAACAAGAUAAGCAAGUUUAUUUAUGGAAUAUAGAAAUUUGUAACCACCGAAAUUCCGAAUCGGAGAUCCGGCGACCUACCGGAUUUGGCUUUCUUCGACGGCAGAUAUUGCAGAUAUUUGAGUGACCAUGGCUGAAAUGGAUCUUCAUAUGAUGAUCAGUAACAUACCAUCCCUUAUUGAACAAUUGGGGAAGGCAUUAAAUGAUCUUGAAUCUCACGAAAAUGCCUCCAUAUAUAAGGAUUUAAUCAAGGAUAUUGAAAAACACUUCCGGAAUCUGGAGGCUGCAGUAGUGAACAAGUCUUUGGAACUGGAAAUUAGAGAGAAGGCCUUUAAGGAACAAGAAUCUGAUGCUCAUCUGCUGAUUGCUUCACGAGAGGCAGAUAUUGCUGCUAGGGAACAGAAGUUGUGGGAUCACUUGCAAGAACUUAAAGAUGCUGCAGUGUCUGCAAUUGCUGCAGUACGGGGAGAUCCUCAAGUGGCAUCCCUCGAGCAGACAGAUGUAGAGGACAGCAAAGACAUCGAGGUAAGCAGCUCUCUUGGUAUAACAAAUGCACUUCAUACUGACUCAGAGGUAAAAUCCUCUGGCAGAGCUGCUGCUGAUGCUUCUGGCAAGGUCGAACCUCGACCAGAACUGACACAAUUAUGUGAGAAGAUGGAUGCAAAAGGACUUCUGCAUUAUAUUAUAGAGAGUAAAAAGAAUAUGACCUCACUUUCUGAGGAACUCCCCGUUGCCCUUGAUGGUGCAACUGAACCAGGCCGUUUGGUACUGGCUUCACUUGAGUUCUUCUACUCUAAUGAUGAAUCUAAUUCUCAAGAUGAGAAAGGCAAAAAUGCUAUCCAUAGCUUGCGUGAAGCCUGCCUUGUAUGUAUGGAAGCCAUAGCCUCCUUGUUGGCAAAGGCUAAACCAGGUGCUGAUCACCUUCUGUGCCCUAAAAUUAAGCAGCAAGCCAAGGUCAUUGCUGAUGAAUGGAAGCCUAAGUUGGCUACUGCAGGCACUGAUGCUGCCAAUCAAGCUUCAUUGGAAACUGAGGCAUUUUUGCAGCUCCUUGCAACUUUUAGGAUUGCUUCAGAGUUUGAUGAAGAAGAGCUCUGCAAGCUUGUUCUUGCAGUGGCUCACAAUAGGCAGGGACCUGAGCUCUGCCGUUCUCUUGGCUUAGCACACAAAAUGCCAGGUGUCGUUGAAGCAUUGAUUCAUAGUGAGAAGCAAAUCGAUGCUGCUCGUUUUAUUCAUUCUUUUGAGCUGACUGAAAGAUUUCCCCUUGUCCCGCUCCUGAAAGGCUAUUUGAAGGAUUUGAGACGAAACGCACAAGGGAAAGGAGGUAACUCAGGGAAUGCAGAGGAACUUGCAGCUGUAAAGGCAAUAGUGCGGUGUAUUCGAGAUUACAAGCUUGAAGCAGAAUAUCCACUUGAGCCACUACUGAGAAGGGUUGCUCAGCUGGAGAAAGCCAUUUCUAAUGACAGAGACAAGUCUAAUGAUAAGAAAAGACCUUCUGGAUCAGGUAAACACCAGCAAUUCAAGAGACCACGAGUAACUAGAGGAACGCAUGGAUCUAUCAGGCAUGCUAACGUUCUUAGCAUACAGCCCCCAUCCGUUUUAAUUGAGAGAGCGGCUGCUAAUAAUCCAAGCAGAGUUCUUGUUGAGAGAGCAGCUUAUGCAGGAUUGCCUGAUAAGUACGCUUAUCUCAGUACAUCUUACGAUUAUCAACCUUCAAGUCAAGCCACAUAUCCCCAGCAAACCUAUGAGCAGAGAUCAUACUAUUAUCCAGCUGAUGAGGGAAUUGCUGCAAAUUCUUAUACAGCUGCUCCCCUGCCAUCCAGUUAUGCCGGUUAUGCAGGUGGUGCAUUGCCAACAGCAGAUGAGAGGAUUAAUGCAAGCUCUUAUACAUCUUCUCUGAUAUCUACUUAUGGCAACUAUGCAGGUAGCGGAACGUCAACAGCACAUCAACCCUACAUGUAGACCGAUUAGUAAUAAUAGUUUGUAGUAACAGGUUUCUCUUGCAAAGACAUAGUAGUAAUAACUGUCCUGAUUAUUUGCUAUCCAUAAUAAUACUUUUGGCUUGACUGA